AUGUCCGCAUUUGGCUCCACAUUGAGCCAGCCCACGUCGGCGGCAACAGGCAAGGAGCUCAUCAACGACAUCACUGUCGCCAACGGGCCCGAGGAUUCUGUGUCCGACUUGGCGUUCUCGCCGCAACUGGAACUUUUGGCCGUGGCCAGCUGGGACCACAAAGUGCGUGUCUACGACAUCGACGCCAACACGGGGCUCAGCCAGGGCCGCGCUUUGUUCCAGCAUGAGGCGCCCGUGUUUUCUGCACGCUGGUCUGUUGACGGCGCCCGUAUCUGCAGCGGUGGAGCAGACAAACAAGUUCGGUUGUUUGACUUGGCGUCGCAGCAGAGCCAGCAGAUUGGUGUACACGACGCGCCCGUGCGCUGUGUUCGGGCGGUGCAGGUUGGCCCCACAGCGACGGAAGUGGUUGUUUCUGGGUCCUGGGACAAAACAUUGAAAUACUGGGACACGCGGUCGCCGCAGCCCGUGGCCACAGUCAACUUGCCGGAGCGUGUCUACUGCAUGGACACGGCGCAGAAAUUGAUGGUUGUCGGCUGCGCAGAGCGUCAUGUGGCCAUUAUCGACUUGACCAACCCACAGCAGGUCUUCAAGAGCAUUGUGAGUCCGUUGAAGUACCAAACACGCACAGUCGCAUGUUAUCCGCUGGGGACCGGGUUCGCCAUUGCGUCCGUCGAGGGCCGUUGCGCCAUCCAGUACAUUGACGAUGCCGAGCAGCAGAAAAGUGGUUUCUCGUUCAGAUGCCACCGCAAGCUGCCCACCGGAGCGCCAGCAAACUCCACACGCACGCUGGUGGCCAGCGAAACGCACAUUUACCCAGUGAACGCCAUCCUGUUCCAUCCAAUCUACGGAACGUUCUCCACGGCGGGGUCCGAUGGUACGUUUUGUUUCUGGGACAAGGAUGCUAAGCAGCGGUUGAAGAAUUUCCCUAACGUGGGCUCUGCUAUCACUGCCACGGCGUUCAACCGCUCAGGAACCAUCUUUGCCUAUGCCAGGGGUUAUGACUGGUCUCAGGGCGUUGGCGGAAACAGGGCAGAUUAUCCUGUGGAUGUGAAGUUGCAUCCGCUGAAGGACGACGAAAUCAAGCAAAAGAAGAAGCGAUAG